UGGGGGCCGCGACCGCGCGUGGGAGAGGCGGCGGCUCCGUCUUCAGCGAAAUGCAGUCAAUUAAGAGUUUUUCAUUAAUACGACGGAAGGUGUAGAGGGCGGGCUUUGGGGUUUCUUAGGAAAUGGGUCAUCUGGCAAACUUUCUUCUUCCUACCGUUGGUUUCCGAUUUUUAUAACGGGAAAUGGGAUUAUUAUUUUGCCAUAAAGGGAAAGAAUAAAAAGAAUUCCGCCAUUUUGGCGUUUUAAAAAGUAACCGUUGCGCGUGGCCGACGGGUCGGUGGCCGCCCCGCCCGCCGCCGUCUGUACCAGUCCUCCGAGGGCGGGCGGGCGGCGGUCCCGACCCCGGAGCCCGCUUUCGCCCCUCCCGCGUCUCGGCCGCAGCUGCUGGGGGCAGGCCCCAAGUUUGUGGCGCCCGAUCUCGCUGGGGCUGAGUGUGUGUGUGUUGAGGCGAGUGGGGAUGUCUGGGGCGCUAACCCCACUCCCAACACCUAGAGCCAGGGCCUUUAUUGAGCGUCUGGUGUAUACGAAGCCUUGAAGGGCAAGCAGUGGGAAGAACCUUAGCAGAUAGGAAGGGAAAAUAAACAGGGACAUACUCAUUCAAUAAAUGUUUACCGAGCAUAUGCUAUGUGCCAGAGACCGCUCUGUCCCAGGGACCCAAUGACUGUUUUAGGUCGGGUUCCCUGAAACCAGACUCCGGGAGGGAGAUGUGAGCGCAGACUUACUGGAGUGCCCUUGGGAGUAUCACCUGUAGGACAGUGAAGACAGCAAAGUGGUGGGCAGAAGUUGAACUGCCAACGUAGUCUCUGCAGAGGCCUCAACCUGUCCCAGGGAUAGCUCUGGAAGGGACAUGGCCCUGCUGAGAUCACACAAAUUGAGGCAAGGGGCAAGGCCCUUCUGCCCUUUAUCAACUAGUCUGACAGGAUGGCUGCUUCCAGGAGAGGGCACUUGGGCGAGGCAGCUCCCCUGGCUGAGGGCAAUUCCCAGAGAAGCUGACUGCCCAGGGCUGCCUUCAGGGUGGCUGACUGCCUCUUUAUCCCCUCCUCCCCUAGCCUCUGAGCAACGCUGGAGGAAAUUGUAUUCUAGCCCCUAAGGAAUGAAUGGCUAAACCAUUGAUGUAUUUCAAUAUCAUUGUUUCUAAUAUGUUGACCACCUUUUACUCCCAGCUCUCUGAUUCAUUCAUUCAGUGACUGUUGAGUGCAACCUCUGUGUCAGGCUUUUUACACAUCAGCUGCUUUGUGCCAUCUCAGAGACCCACAAGUUAAUGCAUAAUUAGACUGUGGUGGAAUGGAGCACAGUCAAGGAGAUGAUUAACUUUGUUUUGGGGUGAAUUUGGGGAACACUUCAAGGAAGAGGUGUCACUCAAGCUGGAUCUUGGAGGGUGAUUAGGAUUUUUCCAGACCUAUGGGAUAUGGAAAGGUACCAAGCAGAAGGAACCAUAUAUGCGCAGGACACAGAAGUGGGGUUCUGAAGUUGCAAGCAGGCUCUAGGGGUGGGAGUGGAUGUUCCUGGCACCUGGCUCAGGCCCGGGAGCCAUUUCGGACUGGUUGUGCUAUUGUGUGUACCAGAUGGGACAGUGUUUAUGAAAAUGCCACAUGGGCUGCAAGCACAAGGGGUGGCAGCGGCAGAGGAGGAACGAAUUCAAAUCACAGAGAAAGCAGUUUCGGGCCUCAGAACUCAUGGUCUAGCUGGGGAGGAAGAACACAAGCAGUAGGUGCUUCUUGGCAGGAGCCCAAGGCUACCGUGUGUUGGGUCCCCACAUCACAGAUGCACUGUGUCCCCUUUCCUCCUGCAUAUUCAAGGAUUUGUCUUCUAGACUGAGUCUUCCCUGCCCUGUCAGUUUUUUCCUCUCCAUAGGCUCAUUUUCCUCAGGUACAAACAUGAUGUGACAUCUCCUAUUUAAAAACAAACCAGCAAACACCCCACACCCCUUCCUUGAGACCACAUCAGUCUCCAAACACCAUCCCCCAACUCCAUGCUCUCCUUCACAUUACAACCUCCUUAAGAGAGUUGGUAGUCCCGUUGUUUCCACUUCCUUUUCUCCUAUUCUCCCAUGAGGAUCAAUCCUUACUGUUAGUUUCCCCCACUAGAAUGUGGAUUCAGUGACAGGGGUUGUCUAUUUUGUUCAUUGAUAAAUCUGCAUUGCCUGGAACAGGGCCUGGCACAUAGUAGGUGCUCAAUAAGUAUUGAGCUAAUCCAUGAUCUCUCUCUAGAACCCACUCCGGCCAGGUUUUUAUGUCCACAGCUCCUUGGAAGUGGCUGUUGUCAAGGUUUCUAAUGACUCCUUUUUGCUCCAACGGUCCACUCCCUCACCUGACUUGAUUUUGGCCCCCUUUCCUGAAAACUUUGCUCAUGUGUCCUCCAGAAGCUCAGACUCUUCUGGAUUCCCCCUGACCUCAUGAGAAGCUCUAUUACUAGAUCUUCUUCCUCCUCCCAACCUAUAAAUCUUGGUGAGCUCCAAAGCUCCUACCUUGUUCUUUGUACUCAGCUUUAUGGUUUUCAACGCCAGCUAUACAUGAUGGCUUUCAAAUUUAUAUCUCCAGCCCAACCCUAUCCCUUAUUUCUACAAUAUAUGCUUCAUGAGAGCACUCUUUUUUGAGACUGUCUUUGCAGGGCACAGAACGGUGCUGACACCUAGUUGGCCCUCCAGUGUUUGCUGAAACGAGGGCAACAAACUGAAUAGCAGGGCAGUCCCCUUAGCCUCCCUUCCUGGAUACACCUAAAGCAUGUGAUAAGUUUGGAAACAGAAUGAAAUUCUUCCAGGAGUAACCAUACUGACUUUUUUUUUUUUAUUUUUUUUGAUUCUGUUUAUUUUUGAGAGAGAGAGAGAGAGAGAGAGAGAGAGACAGAGUGAGAGCAGAGGAGAGGCAGACAGAAUCUGAAAUAGGCUCCAAGCUCUGAACUGUCAGCACAGAGCCCGACGUGGGGCUCGAACUCACGAACUACAAGACCAUGACCAUGACCAUGACCAAGUCUGACACUCAACUGACUGAACCACUCAGGCAUCCUACCACAUUGACUCUUAAUGACUGCCAAGGUUUUGAGUAAAAAGAUUGACUCUAUUGAAAAGCACUUAAAAUGGUACAUCAACUGUGCAAAACAAAAUAAGGAGAAUUGAAAUUCAGGGAGUUCUAUUUUAUAAUUUUAACACGGGACACACCUUGGUUUGAACGUUGCCUGAAUUAAUCAGGUUAUGUAUCUAGCCUUUGCCUACCUGAUUACAUACUCUAUAAUACAGAGGAUGGACUCUAUUUUAAGGAAGAAAAUCUGGAAAAUAAAUGAAUGCACAAGAAUAGCAGGAGGGAGGCUGGGAGAGACAGUGAGCACUGUAAGCUGAUUUUGCCAACAAGCUACCAAGCUUCCUGGGAUUUCUGUUAAAAGGGAGUGGAGUUGGAUUUGUCGAAGGUCUGCUCUGCUGCUACCAAGACUUUACGUAUUUUGUCCAUUUAGUCUUCACCACAGCCAUUUGAGGCAUAUACCGUUGCCACAUUUUACACAUGAAGAAACUGAGCCUCAAAGAGGGUAAGCUACUUAGAAGCACAGGUGUAAGUGGUGGAGCUGAGAUUCAUAGUCGUAAGUCAGUCUUAAGCCUAGGCUUAAGACGUUAAUCCUUUAACGUGUAUGCCAGAAGCCAUUGUUAAUUACUGCUAACUCCUUAAAGCAACCCAGUAUCAAUCACAUAUACAGAGCUUUUUAUUAACAAGUUGAAAUUACUGAAAUACAACACAUUUUUUUAGCACCUACUGUGUGCAGGCACUAUUCUGAGGACUGGCCAUAGAGCAGUGGCCAAGACAGAUAACAGAUCUUUGCCUUCAUGGAACUUCUGUCUCAGUGGGGUUGACUGAUCAAACACAAAUAAGUAAAUGAAGAUAAUUAUUGAUCGUAAUGAAGGAUGUGAAGGAAAUAAACACAGUAAUGGGAUAGGCAGUAGUGGAAUGGGUGAGGGGUGUGCUGCUUUAAAUUGAAUGGCCAGGAAAGACCUCUUCUGAGGAGAUGGCCACUGAGCCAAGGCCUGGAGGAUGGGAGGGGGACAGCCAAGCAAAGAGGAUGGGGAAGAGCAUUCUAAGCAGAGGGAACAGCAAGGAUCAAGGGCUCUGUGGUGGGAAUGUUUGUUAAUCAACAGAAGGAAACCAGUGUUUGUUGAGGGUGGAGAACAGGGGAAGAUUGAUGGAGGAUAAGGUCAGAGGGGAAGACAGGGGUCAGAUUCUAUAGGAUAAAGCACUUGGAUUUUGUUCUAAGGACAGUGGAGAGCCAUAGAAGAAUUUUAGAUAGGGAAAUAAUGUGAUUCGGUUUACAUUUUUAAAGCUUUCUCUUGCCUGGGAAUAGACUAUAGGGGGCAGGCAAGGAAGGAGGGAAAUGAGUUAGGAGGCAGUUCCUCAAGUCCAAGGAGAGCUGAUAGCAGUUGGCACUAGUGUGGCAGCAAGGAAAUGGAGAGAAGUUGUCAGACUUUGAGAUGUGUUUUGUAGGUAGUGCCGACAGGCCAAUUAUAAUAUGUGUACAGUUUUGCUGUAUAAUACAGUAACUGUGGUCACUGUGGCUAUUCCAAUUUAAAUGAAGAUAAAAAAAAUUCAGUUCUUUGUUCACACUAGCCACAUUUCGAGUGCUCCGUAACCACGUGUGGCUAGCGACUACUGUGUUGGACAAUAUAGGCCUAAGAUAUUUCUAUCAUCACAGAAGAUUCUACUGGACAGUGCUGGUAAGGCACUAACAGUGGCCAAGAUAGUUUAAGAGUUAAGUAAAUGAUAGAUAUUAAAUAUAUUUGUUAUGUCAUUAGGUGUUUUUUCCCCAUAUAUUUACCUGUUCAACCACCUCUGUAUUAAAUGCCUCUUUCGCCCUUGCAUUAUUUAUAGCAAACUCAUGCACUGUCUGGGCUCUCAGAUACCUCUGUGCUCUUCACAUGCAUGCAUUUGUUCAACAGAUGUUACGGUGUGCACUCUGUGCUUGGGGUUGAAGGAUUGUGGGCAGGUGUUAUAAAGGACUGUGAUCAGGAAAGAUCAUCUCCCAGGAAAAUGGACCUUGUGAGUGAGAGAGAACCUGGUACUUGAGGGCUCUAAAUUUCCAGAGGGAGAAGGGAUUGAUUCUAGUGGGGCUGGAGGUCAGGGUUGAGAGAGGGGAGUUUGGACUUAGCCUGGGCUACGCCGUGACAGCUGGCCAGACAGAACCUCGGCCCAAGACCUACUCCCCAGAGUCAGUUCAGAACAUCACAGUUUACAGAGCACCCUCACGCAUGCCCAUUUCCCAGAGUCUGGGGGAGAUGCAGGGCCUGGCCAGAGCCCUCAUCUGGGUGACCUGGUUGGAGCCAGGAGCCAGAGUUUAUGUUGGUCUCCUAAGACAGUCUGCUCUACCUAGGGUUGAGGAUUUUCUCUGCAGGUUGCCAGCCUGAGGGUGACCAGCUGCUCCUCAAAGAAGCCCCCUCCCGCCCUGAUUGCCAUAGGGGUUGUCUUCAGCUUGUAGGCCUACCAGCAUGGAGGGGAAUGCCGAAAUGGAGAUGCUGAGGACACUGAAGGGGCCCUCCACAGGAGAGGUCAACGUGCACCUGGUGGCCAGAGACAGCUCAGCCAGCUCGGCCACCCUUGGCCUGCCCAGCAGUGCCCUAGACGUGUCCUGUUUUCCGCGGGAACCGAUCCAUGUGGGCGCUCCGGAGCGAGUGGCGGGCACUGUACCUGUCACGGCCACCGUUCUGCCGCAGUUAAGCGCCGGGCCUGUGGCCAGCUCCAGCGCCACCACAGUGCGGCUCCUGGAGUGGACGGAGGCCGCAGCCCCGCCUCCUGGGAGCGGCCUGCGGUUCCGGAUAAGCGAGUACGCACCGCUGAACAUGGUAGGAGCAGAGCAGCCCCCGAGCCCAGAGCUGCGGCCAGAAGGUGUGGCAGAGUAUGAAGAUGGCGAGGCCCCGGAGGGAGGUGGCGAUGCGGGCACCCAACAGCCUGCGGACCUCCCCCAGGACCCUCCAGAAGAUCCCCCGCAGGACCCCCCAGAAGAUGAUGGGAACUGUCGGUGCCAGGAGUGUGGACCUCAGCAAAGCGCAGGUCCGGAUCCCGGUUCUUCCAAUGAUGACUGCCCACCGCUGUUCCAAGAGCGGUCAGUCAUAGUGGAGAACUCCGGCCAGAGCUCCAGCACCAGCGCUUCUGAACUCCUCAAACCCAUGAAGAAGAGGAAGCGCAGGGAAUACCACAGCCCAUCAGAGGAGGAGUCGGAGCCAGAGGCCUUGGAGAAGCAAGAAGAAGGAAAGGAUCCAGAGGGACAGCCUGCUGCUAGCACCCCAGAAAGUGAGGAGUGGAACAGCAGCCAGCCUGCAUCAGGGGAGAAGAAGGAAGGCUGGUCGUGGGAGCCCUACCUAGAGGAGCAGAAGGCUGUCACCGCCCCUGUCAGCCUCUUCCAGGACUACCAGGCGGUCACUCAUAAUAAGAAUGGCUUCAGACUGGGCAUGAAGUUGGAAGGCAUCGACCCUCAACACCCGUCCAUGUACUUCAUCCUCACAGUGGCUGAGGUGUGUGGCUACCGCCUACGUCUACACUUCGAUGGGUAUUCCGAGUGCCAUGACUUCUGGAUCAAUGCCAACUCCCCUGACAUUCACCCCGCUGGCUGGUUUGAGAAGACUGGGCACAAACUGCAGCCCCCCAAAGGUUACAAGGAGGAGGAGUUCAGCUGGAGCCAGUACCUGCGCAGCACAAGAGCUCAGGCCGCCCCCAAGCACCUGUUUGUGAACCAGAGCCACGUGAGUGGCCCCGAGCAAAGUCCCCCACCCCUGGGCUUCCAGGUGGGCAUGAAGCUGGAAGCUGUUGACCGCAUGAACCCGUCCCUUGUCUGUGUGGCCAGUGUGACCGACGUGGUGGACAGCCGCUUCUUGGUGCACUUUGACAACUGGGAUGAUACUUACGACUACUGGUGUGAUCCCAGCAGCCCCUACAUCCACCCAGUGGGCUGGUGCCAGAAGCAAGGAAAGCCCCUCACCCCUCCACAAGACUACCCAGACCCUGACAGCUUCUGUUGGGAGAAAUAUCUGGAAGAAACCGGGGCCUCUGCUGUGCCUACCUGGGCUUUCAAGGUGCGACCCCCACACAGCUUCCUGGUCAACAUGAAGCUGGAGGCCGUGGACCGCAGGAACCCAGCCCUGAUUCGUGUGGCCAGCGUGGAGGAUGUGGAGGACCAUCGGAUAAAGCUCCACUUUGAUGGCUGGAGUCACGCCUAUGACUUCUGGAUUGACGCCGACCAUCCCGACAUCCACCCUGCGGGCUGGUGCUCCAAGACAGGGCAUCCUCUGCAGCCUCCUCUCCGACCCAGAGAGCCCAGCUCUGCCUCCCCUGGGGGCUGUCCCCCUCUCAGCUAUCGGAGCCUGCCACACACCAGGACCUCCAAGUACAACUUUCACCACCGGAAGUGCCCCACUCCUGGUUGUGAUGGUUCUGGUCACGUCACAGGCAAGUUCACAGCUCACCAUUGCCUCUCAGGCUGCCCACUGGCCGAGAGGAACCAGAAUCGGCUGAAGGCAGAGCUGUCCGACACGGAGGCCUCGGCCCGUAAGAGGAACCUCUCAGGCUUCUCCCUAAGGAAGAAGCCUCGCCAUCAUGGCCGGAUUGGACGCCCUCCAAAGUAUCGGAAGAUCCCGCAAGAAGAUUUCCCAACACUAGCUCCCGACGCCGUGCACCAGUCCCUCUUCACGUCAGCCCUGUCGGCCCGCCCUGACCGCUCGCUGUCGGUGUGCUGGGAGCAGCACUGCAAGCUCCUGCCGGGAGUGGCAGGCAUCUCGGCCUCAGCAGUUGCCAAGUGGACCAUUGACGAGGUCUUCAGCUUCGUUCAGACCCUGACUGGCUGUGAGGACCAGGCACGACUCUUCAAAGAUGAGAUGAUUGACGGCGAGGCCUUCCUUUUGCUGACACAGGCGGACAUUGUGAAGAUCAUGAGCGUCAAGCUGGGCCCAGCCUUGAAGAUCUAUAACGCCAUUCUCAUGUUCAAAAACGCCGAUGACACCUUAAAAAGUGGGACACUCAAAGCUCUGUUGAUUUCCUGCCACAGUCCAGUAGGAGACCCUCUCUUACAUGGGGUCACACAGCUUUGCCAGCACAGCCAUUCAGCCACCCAGCUGAACUCCCACCUGGCUUCGGACGUUCCUUCCCUUCGGCCCCGAGAGGCAGCUCUGAGCACAGGCUUCCCGAGAGGAAAGUGGGCAGUCUCUGCCUCUGGCUGGCACUCGGGUUUACGGAGGUUGCAUUGCCCCCUUGGCCAAGAGUAAGGAGGAGCGAGUCUGAGCCUCUCUGACUUGGUUGCUUGGGUGGUGGCAAAACUCACCAGCUCCUUGGCUUUGCUCCUUUUUGAAACUGAGGAGAGAUGCUCACUGGCUUUGUGGUGUGAAGAGGAGGCAGCAAGUGCUCAUAGCUGUGCUGCGGGACCUCACCUGUCCUAGCGAGUAGGGCUGGGACAGCUUUGCCAUGUGGAUCUACCAACCACACUUCUAGUGCUUGCCCACGGGAAGGGCAAGGUGGACUUAGGGCCUUGAGAAAAGGACCCCCAGGCUCUGAACUUUGAGACCUCGGCACUUUCUGCACCAACGUCAGACUCUUUGGGGGAAAAAAAAAAAACAUAAAAAGAAGGAAAGAAAUCUGCCCUACUGCCCCUUCACCCCCGUCCUGUCCCCAGACAAGAUCAUCGCACCUUGACCUGGGUGCCCAGUGAAGGGAGAGGGUUGGUGCCAGUGCCCAUGCUAUGUGCCUCUGCCCUGCUCUCCAGCAGCAGACACCGCUUACACUUUGGCCCCAGCAGCCGCGACCAGCCCUUGCCCCGCCCUGGCUUAGGGCGCUGAGGACCUUUCUGUUUAAUUUCUGAAGCAGAGAGAAUGAUCCCAGAGUUUGAAAAUGAAGCCUGUUUGCACUUUCAUUCACAUGCACUUUGGUGGAAUUGUUUUUGUACUUACCGUGUGUGUGUGUGUGUGCGUGUGCGUGUGCGUGCAUGUGUGUUCUUUAAGAGAAUCCUCUGGUUUAAGAUAAAAUGACUCUUGACUCUUGAGAGAGAAGAAGUUAAAACUGUGGUGUUUUGUCAGUGUAUUGAAACAACAUAAAUAAACUUGGAACAUCUGGAUGAUA